AUGGUGGCAAUCUUUCGCCAAUAUUUUCCAAGAUCGUCGACAUUACUUACAGAAAUUAAUUUGUUUUCUAGAUUUCUGAAGUCGUCGAUGAUCACAAUAGCGACAGUACAGCAGACGUCUGACUAUGGCGACAUCCACGGUCACAUUGUGUACUUUAAUACUAAUAAAACUUUAAAAAACGUUAACAUAAUGAAGAAAUACGAGUUUUCUAAACAUUCCUACAAUAAAUUAAAGCAGUUUUUAGAAGUAGUGGAAAAUAAUGUGACUGAUACGCAAAACUCUAUUGAAACUAAUAAAAUUUUAAAACAAAUGUUUCCUGAGAAUGUGGAACUGCUUAAAGCAUUAAAACAACAUCGUUGUACACGUAACGACGUUAUUGAAAUUCAAGAUGAUUCAGAAGAUUCGAAUAUUCAGAAUACAUCCUUAACGGAAGCAGACGAUGUUGCAAAUACUGGCAACCCAACAUACACCAAACACAACAAUUCUAGUUCUAGUAAUUCAAAUCAUCAAGCAUUAUUAGAAAAUGUUGUGUUUUCUCUGAAGGAAAUGCUUGAUUUAAAAGUUGAUAACACUACAACUGACAUGAUUACAAUUUUAACGCAGCAUGAGCAAAAUUUAGAUUAUAUAUUUCAUCAUUUGAAGAAUCAUUCAAAUGUAUUUAACCUGGGCAAAUCUAUUGCUAAUUUUAGUAAUAUAUCUUUAAUUCAAGGAUAUUGUGAUAUUAUUUUGCGUUAUCAUAUACUAAGUGGAACUGAUGGUGUGGAAUUGAUUUUACAAGAUUUUAUUGAGAAACAUCCGCAAAUUUCAUGUGAUUCUCUUGUUAAAUGUCUAUUGAUGAUAUCUGAUGAAGAUAAAGUUACAAGAGAGUUUACGGAUGCAUUAUUAUUGCUAUCUGAUGAGAAUAAAAUCAAUAUUCUGAGGAAUUUUGUCACCCAGUGUUCUCAACUAAAUCUUACAAAAUUGAAGAUAGUUAAUAAUUUCUUGCAUAACAAAAUGGAUUUAUUGGUAACUAAAAAUCUCUUGGAUAUAUUAUCAAAAAACGCUGUGACUUUAUGUGCUGAUAGAAAUUACGCACUUUUAUUAGAGAAUUUAAUGCUUAAAAGCAGCUCGAAUUUAUUCCCACUCAAAGAACACAUGAAAAAUGUUUUGAAUUUAGUUCCAGGUAUUUUAAAACUUAAACUAUUAAAAAAGCUAAGUACUUUGGAACAAAAAGGAUCUGAACAUAGUUUUUCACAAACCAUGCACUUUUAAACAUCAAUCAAAAUAAAAUAUUCUAUGAAAAAUCCAAUUUUAAACACUUGUUUAUUACUUCGCAUAGCCUGCCAAGUUUACAAACAUUUCAAAUAACAAAUAACCUCAAAUUACAAUCAACACUCGUCAAGACGACAGAACUGUAUUUUUAUAAGCUAACAAUUCAAAAAGAAGAAGUUAUUUACUGAAGAUGAAACGCAAUUCAGUGAUUUACACUUGCAUUGUCCCAAAUUGCACGUCAACUUAUAAAUUAAACAGUAAAGAUCGACAUUUCUUCAGACUGCCAAAGAAUGAACCCUACAGAUCUCAGUGGAUUGAAGAACUAUCAUUGCUUGUGCCCCAUAACAGCGUCCGUGUUUGCGACUUACACUUCGAAACCAAGUUUUUCACAAGUACUUUACGACAGAGACUUAUUAAAUACGCCAUACCGACAAUUUUACAACCAGAUCCAAAUCAUCCACUUGAUUAUACUGAUGACAAUGAUUUGAAAUCCAGUGACGAUUUGGAAACAAUGACUAAUAAUGAACUUGUUUUACAAUUAAUUGAUAGCAAUGACAACUUCUUUCAAGGUGAUACUAAUGAAGCUGUUGAACAGGAGCAGGGUGAUAAUGUUGAGUAUAUUGAAGACAGACUGUCUGAGCCUGACAUACCGCAAGAAAUAGAGAUUAAUCAAGUUCAUGAACAUAAUAAUAUUGCAUUUGACAUGGACAUUGGUGAAAGUAUUGUGAUUAUUACUGAAUCUGAUGAGGAAAGUCAAGAUCCUCUAGUGGAAGAUAAUAAUCCAGUUAUAAUAAAUAACCAUAGAGAAAGUCAUUAUAUUGAUGAUGAAAAUGUUGUUAAUAUAUGUCAGAAACGCCAUAAACGUUUUAAAAACAUAAAAAGUGUGGUGAGAUGGCAAAAAAUCACAUGUUAAGAAUGUCUAAAGAAAUCAAUGUUUUGAAAUAUACUGUAGGUCGCUUAAGGAAAAGUUUACGAAAAAUGAAAAUGCUUGUUAAGAGGAGAAAUAAUAAAUAAUAGUUGCAAUAAUAA